AUGUCAGAUUCUGAGGAUGAUCGGCCGCUCGUGGCCAAGUCCAAGGCACUGGUCACGGAAGCCGACAUGGCUACUCCUUCUUCUGACGCGGCUGUCAUGCCAGGAAUCAGUUUAACGAAUGGUGCAAGCGAGAAAAUGGACGUUGAUGCACCUGCGACAAAUGGCACCAAGCGCAAUCGCACGAAUGGACAGAAGACCUCAUACAAAGAUGCCUCGAAUUCCGACUCCGACGACGACGUUCCUCUCGUGAAGAAGAGGAAAACAAAGAAGGCUUCUGACGAUUCCGACGACCAGCCUCUGAUCGCAAAAUCAGAGGCCGAGAGCUUGGUGAAGAAGAAGGCGGCGAUUGAGAAGCUGGCUGCCAAAGAAGCCAAGCAGAUUCGCAAGGGCGAGGCCGGCGGUGGGAAGGCGAAGGCCAAGAAGGUGGAGAGUGACGACGAGGACGAUGUUCCGCUCGCGAAAACCAAGAAGAAGCCUGCGAAGAAGGCAAAGGCCGAUUCUGAUUCCGAUGACAAGCCACUCGCCAAGAAGAAAGCUGCCGCGAAGUCAGCGAGUAGGCCAGCCGCCAAAGCAGCCAAGGCCAAGAAGGAAGAGUUGCCAGAGGAGGAUGUUGAAGAAGGCGAGGAAGGCGAGGAAGAGUAUCGGUGGUGGGAGAACAUGGGCGACGGACAGAAUACAACGAAGUGGGAAACGCUGGAGCAUAGUGGUGUCAUCUUUCCCCCGGAGUAUGAGCCACUUCCAAAGAACGUACAGCUUCUAUACGAUGGCAAGGGCGUCAGCAUGCACCCAGAAGCCGAGGAAWUUGCUUACGCAUUCGGAGCCAUGCUACACUCUACCCUCAAUGUGGAGAACCCGACCUUCCAGAAGAACUUCUUCAACGAUUUCAAGCAGAUGCUCGACAAAACUGGCGGAGCCAAGGACAAGGACGGCAAGCGAGUCAACAUCACUUCAUUCGACAAGCUUGAUUUCAAGCCCAUCUUCAACCACGUCGAUGCUGAACGCCAAGCCAAGAAAGCCCUCUCCACCGCUGAGAAGAAGGCUGCAAAGGCGGCCAAGGAUGAGCUGGAAGCUCCAUAUCAGUACUGCUUGUGGGAUGGCCGUAAGCAGAAGGUGGGAAACUUUCGCGUCGAACCCCCUGGCCUGUUCCGAGGUCGUGGUGAGCAUCCGAAGACUGGAAAGUGGAAGAAGCGCGUGCUUCCAGAGCAGAUCACUAUCAACAUCGGCAAGGAGGCCAUGGUUCCUACACCGCCGGAAGGCCACAAGUGGAAGGAGGUCAAGCACGACAAAGAUGGAACUUGGCUUGCCAUGUGGCAGGAGAACAUCAACGGCGCAUACAAGUAUGUGAUGUUGGCUGCCAACUCCAACAUCAAGGGACAGAGCGAUUUCAAGAAGUUCGAAAAGGCCCGCGAGUUGAAGAAGCACAUUGACACGAUCCGCAAGGACUAUGAGAAGGAGCUGAAGUCAGAGGUCAUGGCCGAGAGACAGCGCGCUACUGCAGUCUACCUCAUCGACAAAUUCGCCCUCCGUGCAGGUAACGACAAGAGCGACGACGAGGCCGACACGGUUGGUUGCUGCUCUCUCAAGUUCGAGAACGUCACCCUUGCUCCACCAAACAAGGUCACCUUUGACUUCCUCGGAAAAGACUCCAUCCGCUUCCACGACACGGUAGAGGUCGAUACGCAGGUCUUCAAGAAUCUGAAGAUCUUCAAGCGAUCACCCAAGAAGGAGGGAGAUGAGAUUUUCGACCGUCUUACCACCGCCGGUCUCAACAAGCAUUUGUCAAACUACAUGCCUGGAUUGACAGCCAAGGUCUUCCGUACCUACAACGCCUCUUUCACCAUGUCCGCUCUCCUUCGCGACAUGAAGGCAGAGGGCAACAUUGCCGACAAAGUCAAGCGAUAUAACGAUGCCAACCGCGAAGUAGCUAUCCUCUGUAACCACAAGCGCACCGUCGCUGCCACCCACGAGCAGACUAUGGAGAAGCUGGAGGAGAAGAUUAACGGUCUACGCUACCAGCAGUAUCGCAUCAAGCACAUGAUGCUUGCACUCGACCCCAAGCUGAAGAAGAAGCGAGGCGAAGACUUCUUCCAAUUGCCCGAGGGCCUCGACAAGGAAUGGCAGGUACAGCACCACGACUUCCUGGUGGAUGAGCUUCGUACCAAGAUCCAGAAGAAGUUUGAUAAGGAAAACGAAAAGCUGGAGGCCGAUGGUGAGAAGCAGAUGAAGGCCAAGGAGCUUGAGGAACGCAUGGCCGUCGUUCAUGAGCUGGAGACGAAGCUCAAGGCUGAGUUGAAGAAGGGCAAGGUGGAGCCAGAGGGCAAGUCACCAUCCGUUGACAAGUACGAGAAGGACAUCGACAAGCUCGAUGCCCGUAUCGCCACCAUGCGGACACAGGCCGAGGAUCGUGACAAUAACAAAGAGGUCGCCCUUGGUACCUCCAAGAUCAACUACAUCGAUCCUCGUCUGACGGUCGUUUUCAGCAAGAAGUUCGAUGUCCCCAUCGAGCGCUUCUUCAGUAAGACUUUGCGUGAGAAGUUCGACUGGGCAAUCAAGUCGGUCGAUGAGGACUGGGAAUUCUAG